AUGUCUGUUGAGAUAGCAGACCCUCGAGUGUUUGAGCCUAUGCAAUAUAGCCCCAUCUUCCCCACUGAUACAAUUUAUCCAGUAUGGGAUGCUGUCUGUGAUGCAAUCUUGGAUUUAGACAUCCAGGGUUGCCGGGCUGUGGAGUGUUUUCGAUAUGGAAGGGACACCAAUGAUCAGAAUCCACAAAUGGUCAUUGUCACAGUGUCUCCAUCUGUCAAGAACAAAUUUAAACAGACUCGAGAACAGAUAGUUGGCAUCCUCAAUCAUUUCCAACUACAGGCAGUUGGUGUGAGCAUUGUUAAGGGGGAAAUUGAAAGAAGUGAUACAUUUGAACAGUGGAGAUUGCCACAGGAUGGCCCAAAGGAAGGGGGGCAUGCUGGUUUGAGCCUAGGAAAGCGCGGGAUCUCUACUUCAUCUGGAACAUUUGGUGGGUGGGUUGAAAUCCAAGAUGCCACUGGUGAAUGGCUACGCUUGGGCCUGACUUGCUUCCAUUGUGUUGAUCCAACAAAGCAGGCAAAUAUCGCACCGCCACAAUUUCUUACCAGAUGGUAUACCCAUGGGAUCAGCGCCAAUGAUGCUGAUGCCAAGAAAUAUUUGAGGGUUGACCAGCCGAGCAUGCAUGAUAUCAAAAAUGACUUGGCCAUACUUGAAAAAUUUAUCAAAAGUGAUCGGGCACUUCUCCAAGCUGGUGAAUCUGUAAACCAACCUGACAUGAAGGAAUAUGAGCGCAUUGAGGCCUUGCUUAGGAAGCAUAUGGUCAGGAAGUCACAUAUUGAACAAUUUUGUGCUUCUGAAAAUCACCAUCUCGGGCAUGUCUAUGCAGGCUCUGGAUAUCGCGAAAAACCAGUAUUGGGAGGAUACAGCAGUUGGGAGACAACUAUGGACUGGGCACUAAUUGAUGUCAAAGACCAGCGUGUCAGGGACAAUGAUAUCACCGUACAUGGAACACCAGUGAUUCCCAGCAUCGAAGGCCUGACCACCCUCAAGGGUUGGGACAUGGCCAAGCUUUUGGACAAAUAUAGAAGCGGUGGUACUGAGUGCCUUUAUAAAAUUGGCCAGUCAACAGGAUUUACAGCUGGGUGGUAUAAUAGCAUCAAGAGUAUUCAUGUGGCAACCAGGAUCAAUCAACAUGGCAAGGAGGAAAUGAAGGUAACAAAGGAACAUGCUAUUUUGGGCAGGUCUGGACAGAGGUUUGCUGCUCCUGGUGACUCUGGAUCCUUUGUUUUCACAGAAAAGGGGGAGGUUGUUGGAAUGAUUUUUGCAGGCCGCAAGGACCGGAAUAUUAGCUACUUUACACACAUUUCACACCUCUUUGAGGACAUUAAAGCCAUCACUGGAUGCAUUGGGGUACGGAUUUAUGCUUAA